AACUGAAUGACAUAAUGGAAUUAAAGGGAGGGAAGAACGAGUCUAGUAGUAAAAACUUAUCAUAUGAAGCUCCUCUCGAAUACACAAUCGAAUAUGUUCGCCCGAACGGAGGAAUCAAGAAGUUCCGAUCUGCUCCAUACUCCAACUGUGCUCGGAAGCCAUCCUGAUAUUCGUCAAGCUCUGUGAUCAUAACCAGUUAUUCAGCUUUCAAACUCUGCUUUUGUAUUAUUUCCUCGCGCCUUUUCCUACUGAAUCAAAAUGGCUAUGGUGCCCUCGGCAAUCGGUUUUGAAGGUUAUGAGAAAAGACUUGAGAUAUCGUUUUUCAAUCCUGGAAUAUUUGCUGAUCCUGAGAACCGUGGCCACCGAGCUCUUUCUAAAGCGCAGUUGGAUGAAAUUCUGGCGCCAGCAGAAUGCACGAUUGUCGCAUCAUUAUGCAACGAUGAAGUUGACUCCUAUGUGCUGUCGGACUCUAGCCUUUUCGUGUACCCGUACAGGAUGAUCCUCAAAACUUGUGGGACUACUAAAUUACUGCUCUCGAUCCUGCCCGUCGUUAAUCUCGCUGGAACGAUCGGGCUCAUGGUGUGCUCUGUCAAAUACACUCGCGGAUGCUUUAUGUUCCCGGGCGCUCAGUCGUAUCCACAUCGAAGCUUUUCUGACGAAGUCGCUGUUCUCGAUCGCCAUUUCGCCAAACUUGGCCUCAUCAGCGAAGUUCACGUGAUGUGCGGCGACGACAGGCGUAAUAAAUGGCACGUCUACUCCGCCUGUGCUAAAUCGGAUAGCGUCGAGUCGCGUGUUUACACGUUGGAAAUGUGCAUGAUGCAUUUGGAUAAGAAUAAGGCAUCGGUGUUCUUCAAGAAUCGCUCGAGCUCCGCAAAUUGCGUGCCCCGGAUCUCGAAUCUGCAAUCCGUGUAAGCAGAAGCAUUGAAUGGGAGUUGAAAAAUGGAUCUGCGGCAGAAUUGUAUCUGAAAAAAACCUUUUCGACACUGCGAAAUAACCUAGUUGGGUGAGCUGGAAGCACUAUCUCCUCACAC